AUGAGGAAGUUCAUGCGCACGCGCGCGGAGCCGCCACACACACCCACCACAGCCGUCGCGCACCAAGCCGCCCACCAGCCGCUCAACGGACAUGCGCACAAACACAACGGACACGCCAAUGGGGCGGGCGCGCGGCGCGACGAGCAGCACUCCACACUCUCCAGGUACUGGAGUGGCUCGGAGGUGUCAACGGGUGCGGGGGCGGGAGCGUCGGUUGUGGGGGGUGCGCUCUUCGAGGACUUGCAGUUCCCCGCAACGUGGCGCGCGCUCGGUGACAAAAGACUCGCCGCCGGAGUGCGCUGGAUGAGACCUCACGAGCUGUGCGGCCGGCCACGGUUUCGAGGAGACGACCGCGUGCUGCGCGAGAGCGCUUCGCCCACGAGCACCGCGCUCGACCCCGCUGACAUCGACGAGGAGGAGAACCCUGCCAGGUGGAACGUGGAGGCAGGCGGGCUUAACGGCGCGGCGGUGUGCGUGGCGGCGGCGGCGCUAGCUCUGGCGCCGCGCCUGCUGGACCGCGCCCUGCCGCCGCACUCCUUCACGCACCACUACACCGGCGCCUUCAGUUUUAGGUUCUGGGUUUUCGGAUCAUGGCGCGAGGUGGUAGUCGACGACCGGCUACCGGUGCGCGGCGGGCGCGUGUUUUGCGCGAGCUCGAGUUUACGCGAUGACUUCACGCUCGCGCUGCUGCACAAGGCGUACGCCAAGCUGCACGGGAGCUUCGCGGCGCUACGCGGCGCUGGCGUGGCGCGCGCAUUACAAGACCUCUCCGGUGCUAUCGUGCAGAGCUUCUCGCUGCGUCACCAGCCGCACGCCCUCACCUUCCAAGUGCUGAACUCCGCUGUGCCACGCUCCACGCUACUCGUCGCUACUCUCGUUGCGGAGAACAACAAGCGGGCAUUCAACGGACUUCUAGCGGGACAAGCGUACUGCGUGACUGGACUGGCGCGGGUGCGUGAAGCGGGCGGCGUAGCCGGAACCGGUGUCGCCGGUGCACUCGUGCGUCUACGCGCCGUGUGCGCGCGUGGCGCGUGGGCAGGCGCCUGGUCGCCGCACAGCCUCGAGUGGCGGGCAUUACCGCCAGCCGAUAGAGACCUGCUCGCCGACCGCGCCCUGGAGCCGGGAGAUUUCUGGAUGUCAUUCGGGGACUUCGCGUCAUCGUUCAGCUCGCUGGAACUGGUGCACGUAGGGCCGGACGAUUGGCUGCACGAGCCUGCACUCCACGCGCGCCGGCCUUGGCGAGCCGUGCUUGCUCGAAGGCGAUGGCGCUACGGCUACAACGCGGGCGGUCCGCCGUCCUGCACCGAGACGACGGGCACGAAUCCGCAAUUCCACGUACAGAUUCCCCGUGCGGAAACCAACGCAGCGCGUAAGUGCCACGUAGUGGUGUCGGUGACGCAGCAAUACGAGAUAGCCGGCGGCCCACGCCUUACCGCCAUCGGCUUCUGCGUGUACGAGCUGCCACCCGGCGCCGCCCCCCGCCGCGACCUGCACCCGUUGCAGGGUCUGCGGUCGCUGGACGUGACGCACGAGUCCCGCGCGCGGGAGGUGGUGACGUUCUUCACGCUGCCGCCGGGGCGGUACCUGGUCGUGCCGCACACCCGCCACGCACACACGGAGGGCGCGUUCCUGUUGCGUAUCCUCACGGACGACCACACCGACGUGUGGGAGCUCAACGAGGACAACUCGAUCGUGCGCGACCUCUCCGCCGAGUUCGCGGAGGACGACCGCACGAUACCGGCGGAGGUGCACACGGCGGCGGCGCGGCUGGCGCUGGCGCGCGGCGCGGAGCUGGACGCGGCGGAGCUGCGCGCUGCGCUGCGGCGCGUGUGGCGCGCGGUGCUGUGCGCGGCGCCGUCGCUGGAGCUGUGUCGCGCGCUGGUGGCGCUGCGCGACAGCGCGCUGGCCGGCGCGAUGAGGGCGCGCGACCUGCCCGCGCUACUGGCGCUGCUGACGUACUGGCGCGCCGCCUUCCUGCGCCUGGCCGUGAGACGCUGCGGCGCCGCGCCGCGCGUGUCGUCCUACCGCCUCCGCGCGCUGCUGUGGGCGAGCGGCGUCACCGCCUCCAACAAGGUGCUGGAGUGUCUCGUGCUGCGGUUCGCUCGACGCGCCGCUCUCGACGAGGAAGCGUAUGUGAUGGCGCUGGCGCGCCUCCACCUCGCGCACGAGCGCUAUCGCAGCCUCGACACCAAAGUGAAGUCUAACCCGCUAUCUCUCGAGGAGAUGAUCCUGAUGACGAUAUACUCGUAA